AUGUUGUUUCUGGUCGGGCUGGGACUGUCGUCGCACGAGGAUAUCACGGUGCGAGGGCUGAAUGCCGUGAAACGGUGUGCGCGGGUGUACCUGGAGCACUACACGUCGAUCCUAAUGACGGCUUCGAAGGAAGAGCUGGAGGGCUUCUACGGGAAGCCGGUGGUGCUGGCAGACCGGGAGAUGGUGGAGUCGGGGUGCGAGGAGAUCUUGCGGGACGCAGACAAGGAGGACGUGGCGUUCCUGGUGGUGGGCGACCCGUUCGGGGCGACGACGCACACGGACCUGGUGCUGCGGGCCAAGAAACAGGGCAUCGUGGUGGAGGUGGUGCACAAUGCUUCCGUGAUGAACGCAGUGGGCUCGUGCGGCUUGCAGCUGUACAACUUCGGGCAGACGAUCUCGAUGGUGUUCUUCACGGACAGCUGGCGGCCGGACUCGUGGUACGACAAGGUACUGGAGAACCGGCGCAUCGGGCUGCACACGCUGGUGCUGCUGGACAUUAAGGUCAAGGAGCAGAGCCCCGAAAACCUGGCGCGCGGCCGCCUGAUCUUUGAGCCGCCACGUUACAUGUCGAUCUCGCAGUGCUGCGAACAGUUGCUGGAGGUCGAGGAGAAGCGCGGCCAGCAGGCGUACACGCCGGACACGCCCUGCGUCGCCAUCUCGCGCCUGGGUGCGCCGACGCAACACAUGAAGUCCGGCUCGAUCCACGAGCUGGCUGAGUACGACGCCGGCGAGCCACUGCAUUCGCUUGUCAUACUGGGCAGACAGUGCCACGAGCUGGAGUUGGAGUACCUGCUUGAGUUCAGUGAGGACCAGGAACGCUUCAAGGACCAGGUCCACCGCGACCAAGAGUUCUUCAAGCCGGCCCCAUGGGUCCCUCCGCCGGAGGACGAGGACUAA